AUGUGGCGUGCAAAACUCAAUUAUUUCUUAGACCAUGGUCACCAGUACCUUGAAGCUUGUGUCGAGCGCACCCCGGACAUUUUUCCACACGAGGAGCUACAGUCUGCGCUACGGGACGCGAGGGGCACCAAUGUUUCACUACAGACCAUCGAGAAGACUUUGCGAAGUCGUGGUUUCACGCGUAAAAACUUGAAGCUCGCGAGGCUAGCCGCCGAACGCAAUGAGAUUCGUAACAUUUAUCUAAUCAAUGUCGCAGAAGAUUUUUGCCCUGAUCAGCUCGUUUUCGUGGAUGAAUCAGCCUGCAACCGGAUAACGACAAGACGUCAAAUGACAUGGUCGUCUAUUAGUUUCAGUAUGAGCGUCUAG